CUACAAGCAAACAACGGUGAAAUGAUCGCUUUGACUUGCACUUUGCACUGUAGGAAAAGAAAGCGUGGGCAGGGUUACAAUAUGUUGCAAGUUAUGUGGCAAUACUGUGAAGUUGAAUUUGGAUGAAUUUGGUCCCUCCAUUUUGAUUGGUGACAUGCUUUGCCCGUGUGACAGUGUUGAGAAGGUGAUUCUUAGAGUCGAGCUCCGCACGAGAUACCUUCUGCACGUAGCGACCCUGUUGGCCGACCAGCCAGCGGUUUCGCCUCCCAAAGUCCAUAACUGUAUACCUUCGCCCGGCCAAAACCGAAGUGCUCAAAAAACGACCGAACUUCCCUUAACUACACGGGGGCCGGGCUGGUGGCCGUGGAUUUCCAGCAGAUUGCGCCAGUAUCAAUGGUGCGAAUCUUUGUGGCUACAUUGUUCUUCCUCAUUCGCUUUGCAUGCGCAGAAUGCGAGGAGGAGGCGUGUAUGAUGGAUGACACCGCUCUUCUUCAACCUCGCUUGGGUCGUAUCCUUGAGAAGGAGGCUGAGACACAGGACACCUGCCAACCUCUCGACUACAACAACGGCGACUGUGUCGGUAAGAACACCUGCUUCGAGUGCGACUUCACUGGCAAGAAGAUCUUGCCCGCAAAUAAGGAUCGCUUUCCCACGGGAUUCUUGCAGUGUCAGGGUGACUCGACGACGUGCAACACAGCAGACGCAGGGGCUACGAUCAAGUUCAGGAGUUCAUUAGACUACCUCUACUGCAAAGGAGCUGGUACUUGUUCAGAUACGUGGAACGUGGAGAAUGCCGGAGCUGCCUGCUGCGCUUACCGGGGCUCCUGCCACGGGUCGAAGAUCUCUUUGACACCCGCAAGUGACCCGGAUGGCGGCUGCCAGAAUGACAUGUGUUGCGAUGGUAUUGAUAGCUGCAGCGAGGGCGAAUUGAAAGGAAUUGAGAGCCUGACUUGUCGAGGAAAUCGUGCUUGCUCAUCCGCGACAGUGGAGGUGUCCAGGGAUUUGCUUUGCGAUGGCGAUUCCAUCGUGAAUCAAAAUCCCAGCGGCCCCAGAGGGAGUUGCAAGCAAAGCAGCUUCACGCUCAGCGGCAGCGAUGGCUACCACGUGGUCGAUUGCCUUGGUCAAACCAGCUGCGUGGACAGCAGCUUCGAAUUUGCUUCAAAUUCACGCAUCUCCUUCGCGUGCACGAGUUCCACAAAUGACGGAAGAGCAUGCCGCAAUGCCGAAAUCACGCUCCAGGGUGGUUCUUGCAUCGAUUUGGACUGCAGUGUGAACAACGUGGGCGGUUCCGACUGUGAAGGCUUGACGUUGACCAAAGAGGGCUCAGACAGCUGCUAUUACCAAGGGCCAGAGGACUAUCGUCCUGAUGACUGCACAGAGGCUAACACGACAAGGUGCGGUGAUGUUCCUCGUGAUCCCGUUUGUUGUCAGCCUGACCUGCUUGACCCGACAGAGCCAGACAGCUGUGCUGACUGCUGCGCACCAGUCACCACUACGGCACCAGACAUCACGACCACCACAACCACGACGACGUCCAAGAAGAAGCCAUACAGUGACUUCCGCCGCAAUCGCCGCACUGAACGCCGCAACUCACGUCAGCAUCGCCGCCAGUCCCGGCAAUACAAGUACAGCUGAUGAGUCUCUCAGCUGAUCUCAUGGUCUCAGGCGAAGCUCACAUUCGAGAAGGAUCCAGAUCGUCAUCUGAGCACCGGGCGGCAGAUCUGUCUCCUCCACUGUGCUGGUUGAGCAAACAGAUUUCGCCCAUUGAGCCAGUGGUUCCGCGUCGUUUUGUUUCCGCGCACAGUGUAGAAGCCCUGGUCCUCGACCCGGAGACCCUCAGGAGGGACCUUCUCACUGGGAUUGCCGUAAGAGUUUUGCAGUCAUUCGGCUGGGGCACUGCCGCAAUCUGCCGCACUGCCAUUUUUCCAUAGCCGGGUUGAGUCAGAAAGAAGUGCAAAAGCAAUCCCUAGCUGCCGGUUGGCAGUUGAACUGCGCACAGACUUGUUGGAUAUCGCUUUCCAGCGCUUCCAAUUGGAAGGCCUGAGAUGAGGCUUUCUGCAAAAGCCGAGAUGGGAUCUUUAUUGCAGCCCUGUACUAUUCUGCAGAACCGAUUUUGGCACCUUUGGGUUGCUUGUGAUUCUUCUUGUGGCUUAAGUAUUCAAGGCCUUCAUCUUCGGUGGCUGUUGUGCACAAAAUGUGCAGUCUCACAGAAAAGGUGCAUGUGCUUUGCCAGGGGGUUCUAGGUUGGGUUCCGUUUCUAGUUGGUCAAUUCCUUCUAGUUGGAAGGGUGAACCUCCAUGAAUGUCAGAAUGCUCAGAAUGCAGGAUCUACUGAAGCAAGUCUGAAGUCUGCC